GCCCGCACGUUCUGCCAUGUCCCCGCGGACACUGGCUUCGCGAAUGUCGGGGGGCACGCGUUGGAGGACUAUCCCAUCACCAAAGGCAGAGCAGUGCCACCAGCUGGCGGGGACGAGGUGGACUUGAAGACCGACUUGGCAUUUGCGUGUCUUGCGGCGACCAAGCCAGGGAUGAGCGACGCGCAGGCGGCCGAGUCCGUGGCGCGCGGCCUCGCGGCCGAGCACCCCGACUGCCAUUCAGAUUUAUACGUCUCCCCAGAGAUCCUGGGAGAGGUGCCGGCACCUGGAGAAGCUAAAGUGGCGCACGAGAACGCCGCCAGAUUGGCGGAGUGCCACGCGAAGAAGGACUUCGUCAUCAGCACUCGCAAGGCCCGCGUGCACGUGCACUUUAAGAAGUCCGCUCCUCCCAAGUACUCCGCGUCGGAGAAGAAAGGGCCGCGGUGGCUGCCGCCUGUCGACGCCGCCAACACCGCCAAGAUCACGGAUUGGAUCCGCAAGCACACCCCCGGCUCCGCGGAGAUACAGCGCGACGAUUACAACGGACGUCGGCGCGUCAUUCACGACGGCAUGAAAAAGUGGAAGUCCAUCUCCUGGACGAAGAGGGGCUUCGAGCAGGCCGCCUGCGAGGUGAUUCAUUGGUCUUGGUUGUUCCACACUGAGUUCUCCGGCGCGGCCUCUCCGUUCGGCACGGAGGCGCUCGCAGAGCGCUGGAAG